CCAAAUGUCCCUAUUACCCUUUUCAGUGAAAUUGGCUUCCUGGCGUCGAGCUCCACUCUUUUCACACUCUGGCGGGCCUCUUCACACGUUGUUGGCGUCUCUGCUGCUAAUCCCCACCAUCUCUCGCAAGAAAGCCUCUUUUGCACUGGUAUCAUUAGGACGAACUCCGCCACCAAUACCACUGCUGCCCUGUCUUUGCAAAUAGCUUAGCACCUUGCUCUUUUUUUGCUUCUCUUUUCCCGAGUUUUUUCACUCUGCUCUCAGUGGACUAGCCUGCAAUCAUUUCCUUGACCGGUACUGCCUGAAUCUAUUUCUCUCGCUAGGCUCCGCUCAGGCAACAACACACCCGCUUGCUCAACUCUGCUCCUGGACUUUGCGCUGCUUAACUCCCUCGUCCACGGAUCGAUAGAACACGUAUCCGCUUGCUCCCUGUGCUAACCCCGGCUGCACCAUGUCUCAACAAUCCCCAGAGAACGCUGGAAGCUACUUCUGCUCCUCGUCAAAUGAAACAUCUCCCAUGUCGAACGAGGAGAUCAUUGCGCAGAAGAUCUUGAAGAGAGUGGAGAUUGCAAAAAUGACCAGACAGUUGAAGGAGAAGUUGUUUAAGGCUGGCUUGAAGGUCCGUGAUCAACAGAACGCCAACCUCAACACCAACCACGGCACCUUCCUCACCUCUUCCAGCUCAAGCUCUCCCUCCAGCUCCCCCUCCAAGAGCCUGAGCGAAGACGUCACCAACAACAUCACCGCCACCGCCAUCUCCAACAUCCAGAACUCGAAACUGGUCACUCCAACCAGACAAAACUUUUCCUUCGACAACACAACCCUGUCAAUCUCCGCCCUCACCCCAGCGAUCUCUCCACUGAAAAGAAAGUCAUCUUCGAUCUACAGAUCUACAGACUCUUCUCGCCAUUUUCUCUACGAGCAGCAUCUGGAUGACGACCUCGUUUCUCCAGUCAAGAGAAUGAACAACGGUUUGAACUCCUCCCCCUAUGGCAAUUCGACAAGUCCUUACCAGUACACAAGAGGUGCCCUAUUGCAGUCCCCUCAAUCCCUGCCUAACUCGCAGCUGCAACCGCCAAAGACUCCGCCGCAAAAGCAGGUCGAUAUUUUUCAAUCGGGCCAAAGAAACAAUGCUAACAAGUCCUUGCAUCAAGAGCAGCAAGAGCAACAACAGCAGCUCAUCACUCAUAGGGAUAACAACACCACCAGCACGAGCAGGGAAAUUAUACACACCGGCGCCGACUCUAAUGACAAUUACGUCAAUUCUAAUAUCAAUCAAGGCAAAGUAGAGUUUGACAAGCCAAAGAAAAGAGAGGGAACGCUGAAAAACACCGCUAGACGCAAACAACAUUUAUCUUCGCAACAGCUGCAGCAUUCCGGGAACAACAUUCUGUCUUUCAAAGAUCCGAUUCAACACCCGCAUUGGAAUGAGAAUUCGAUCUCUUCUUUCCCGCUGGAAAACGACAAUAAAGGCCCUUCGCAAUCAACUUUACUCAUGACUCCAAAAUCUUCUAACAGAGUCAAAGAUUUCACUACCCCCAACAAAAAUCCAGACGACCUGGGUGCCGACCUAUUGUUGUUCCUCUCAAAUUCGCCCGCCAGAACGUUCAAUAGCAAAGAUGCAAAGGAUAUCAACAAGGUACUGACUAUCCCGACAACCCCCCGUUCUUCAGGCUCUAAUAUGAAUAACAUCAGUUUACUCGAAUCGACCCCUCUCAAAAACCAGCUACCACCGUACUUCACCAGCCCUUCGUUGGGCAACAAUAAUACCCCUUCCGCUGCAUUUUUGCAGCCGUUGUUGGGCACCCCUAUCGGCAUCAGCAUGAACUCGAGGUUUCAAAAUCCAGAUACGCCAAACAACAGACCCUCAAACAAAAGUCUCAACAGGACGCCAGGUUUCAGCAUGAGCGAUUACAUAAACUUUACUCCUUCUCCAAGAGUAACCAGGACUCCAGACUUCAACCACUCCAUCUACUCGAAGCCAAUGCUCAACAACUAUUCCAAAGAAUUGAAUAUCAUCACUAGUAUCAAGGAGGAUGAAGACUAGUGCUUUGUUUUGCAGACGAACAUCGUCAUUCCAUUCAUCAGCUCGCCUAUGUCUCAUCCCCAUUGCAUCUUUUUCGUGGCACAUACUUCUAUUUCUUACGUCCAAAGACCAUAUACUUUCCUACAAGCCGCUCUUUCCUUCUCUUUCCUUCUCUUCUUCACAUUUGAUCUUUUUUCACUUCCGUUCUCACUCGUGCUUUUUUCCAUCAUCGCUACGAUUACUUUCACUAUUACAAUCGCUGUCUCCUUAGCCCAGCUGCCAGACUACACUACCCACCUUAGACGCACCUCAUUUUCAGUAGACAAGGCACGCUCGUAUUUUUCUGCGAGCACCACGCCACCUUCCCUUCUAUAGGAUUUGUUUAAUGUACAAUUAAUUACUUUCUCUGUUCGGGAGCAAGA